UUCUCCCGCAUGUUAUUCGAAAGCCUUUAUUAAAACUAACAAUAUAAAUCAAUGUUGAUGAACUUUCAUGAAGUUUUUUGCUUUCUAAUUUUUCUCGUUUCCCAAACCUAGAAGGUUUAUUGUUUCUUUUGUGAAUCUUUUGAAAUUAAAACCCUCAAGUGUUGGGGACACUACAAAAAGUUGAGACUCUUUUAAUUGUUCACAUUCCUUAAUUCACAAGAUUCUCUGUCUCCCACUUCCCUCUUUAUUUUUCUUUCUUUUUUUGUUCUCUCUCAUAAACUCUUUCGAAUCACUUUUUCUGGCUUCUCCAUCAGGAAGAUUCCGAUGAGAAACUCGCCGUCCAAAAACGGGUCGGCGGGAGGGCAUUCUCGUACUUUCACCGACAGUAUAUGGUCUCCCUUUUUCAAGUCCGGUUUCGGAAUAUCUUCCAACAGAUCCUACGCCCUAAUCUCCCUCCUCAUCCUCCUCAUAGCCGGCGCGUUUAUCUCCACGCGCCUCCUCCUCGAUACCACCACCGUUCUGAUAGAGAAAGAAGCCGUGACGACGACGACUCAAACUCAAACUCAGACGAUAUCCCCAAAAUACCCUCGACCAACCACGGUAAUUACUCAAAGCCCUAAACCGGAGUUCACACUACACUGCUCCGCCAACGAAACCACCGCGUCAUGUCCGAGUAACAAAUACCCGACGACGGCGAGCUUCGGAGAAGAUGACGAUACAAACCAUCCUCCGAACGCCACGUGUCCUGAUUACUUCCGUUGGAUCCACGAGGAUCUCCGUCCAUGGUCGAGUACGGGAAUCACAAGGGAAGCAUUGGAGCGAGCCAAAAAGACGGCGAAUUUCCGGCUAGCGAUCAUCGACGGGAAAAUUUACGUCGAGAAGUUUCAAGAUGCGUUUCAGACGAGAGACGUGUUCACCAUUUGGGGAUUCUUACAGCUUUUAAGGAAGUACCCUGGGAAGAUUCCAGAUCUCGAGCUUAUGUUUGACUGCGUUGACUGGCCGGUCGUUAAAGCUUCAGAAUUUACCGGAGCUAAUGCGCCGUCGCCUCCGCCGCUGUUUCGGUACUGCGGGAAUGAGGAGACGCUUGAUAUCGUGUUUCCUGAUUGGUCCUUCUGGGGAUGGGCGGAGGUGAAUAUAAAGCCAUGGGAGAGUUUGUUGAAGGAACUAAGAGAAGGGAAUCAGAGGACUAAAUGGAUAAACAGAGAGCCUUAUGCUUAUUGGAAAGGUAAUCCAAUGGUCGCAGAGACACGACAAGAUCUUAUGAAAUGUAAUGUCUCUGAGGAACACGAGUGGAACGCUCGUUUAUAUGUUCAGGAUUGGAUCAAAGAAUCAAAUGAAGGCUACAAGCAAUCAGAUUUGGCAAGCCAAUGCCAUCACAGGUACAAGAUAUAUAUAGAAGGGUCUGCAUGGUCAGUGAGCGAGAAGUACAUUUUGGCGUGUGACUCUGUGACUCUGUUGGUGAAACCUCAUUACUAUGAUUUCUUUACCCGAGGCUUGCUUCCGGCUCACCAUUAUUGGCCCGUUAGGGAGCACGAUAAGUGCCGCUCCAUCAAGUUCGCUGUUGAUUGGGGAAACUCUCACAUUCAAAAGGCGCAGGAUAUUGGAAAGGCGGCUAGCGAUUUCAUCCAACACGAACUUAAGAUGGACUAUGUGUAUGAUUACAUGUACCAUCUCUUAACCGAAUACUCAAAACUCCUCCGGUUUAAACCUGAGAUUCCUCAGAAUGCCGCGGAGAUAUGCUCGGAAACAAUGGCGUGUCCGAGAAGCGGGAACGAGCGCAAGUUCAUGACAGAAUCAUUUGUAAAGCACCCUGCAGAGUCUGGUCCCUGUGCCAUGCCGCCUCCGUAUGAUCCGGCAUUGCUUUAUGGGGUUGUGAAGAGGAAACAGAGUACUAAUAUGAGAAUCCUACAGUGGGAGAUGAAGUACUGGAGCAAGCAGAAUCAAACCGGCUCUUGAAUUCUUUCAUCUUCAUUUCGGUUUUGGUUGUGUAGAGAAAAUAAAAUAUAUAUACGUAUAACCAAUGUUGUUGUAGAUUACUAGAUUUAUGUUUCAAGUUUAGGUUAUUUCACACGAAACUCAAAAUGAAAAAAUCUCAUAUAUUGUUCAUUUUGUGAGCUGAUGUCGUUUCUAUGUAUAUAGAGACUAAUAAUAAAAUAUUUGGGUAA